AUGCUGGACGUCGUCAUCACGGUCGUUGCAUUUGCACCGCAUGCACGGCCAUACUUCCAGCUUCAACCAGACGGACCAAUGUUUACGGCGCAGGAAUUUGUUGCGACGCGUUUUGGUUCCACGAAAAUUAAAAGUCACCAGGGCGUGGAUGCUGGUCUUGGAUAUCACCCGUUCACGGCGCCGUCGCUUUAUGCAUAUCUACAGCUUUUAAUCUUUUUAAAUGCACUGGCAUGCUUAACAGAUUGGUCAGAAAAACUGGAAGAGGAAUUUGCCGAAACGACGCCAAAUACAGAUGAAACGAGAAAAGAGCAAAAUGGAGCUGAUGAUCAGAAUUCGGUACCGCAAAAUCCGGACAACAACGCAGACGAUGAAUUACAUGAUGAAUGUAUGUGCUGA